UGCCGGGAGGCGGCGGCGACGAGAGAGAGAGAGAGCUACCUGGAGACGAGCGGAGAGUGAGAGGGGCGGGAGCCGUUAACGGAGAGGAGUGGGAUGGCCGCCAUGGAAGGCCGCCGGAAAGAGCUGACCCAGCUGGCGGUGCAACAGCACCUCCGAGCCGCCUACGGGAUCAAGAUCAAGACUCGGGCGACGAAAGGGAAGCCGUCGCGACCGGCAGCCGUCGAAACCGGAGGGGGCAAAAUCUUUGGAAUUGCUUUUGAUGAAUUGCCUCAUCAGAUUGUAUCUGAAUAUGGAAGUAUACCUUGUUUUUUAGUUGAGGCCUGUGAUUACCUGGAACAACACAUGCAUACUGAAGGACUUUUCAGAAAGUCUGGAUCAUUUGUUCGCUUGAAAACUUUAAAGAGUAAAUUGGACCAAGGUGAAAACUGCCUGUCUGGUGCACCACCAUGUGAUGUUGCAGGGCUUCUGAAACAGUUCUUUAGAGAACUGCCUGAACCCAUCCUUCCAAGUGAGCUCCAAGAAGCUCUAAUCAAAGCCCAACAACUUGGCAAUGAAGAGAAGAUUUCUGCCACAUUACUGCUCUCCUGCCUUAUAAAUAGCAAAACGAUCGAUACGCUCAGAUAUUUUUUCAAGUUUCUAAAAAACGUGUCUCUAAGAUCGGCUGAGAACAAAAUGGACAGUAAUAAUCUGGCAGUAAUUUUUGCUCCAAACCUCUUGCAGUCGAGUGAGACUGAUAAAAUAUCAGCUCAUACAGAGAGGAAACUUCGUUUGCAGGCAGCAGUUCUGCAGACAUUUAUUGAUCAUGCAGAAGAUCUAGGGACUUUACCAAGGUUUAUCCUGGAAAAGAUACCAGCUAUGCUUGGCAUUGAUGAUCCUGCCUCUACGCCUUCAUUGCUAAAUUGUAGAGAAAAUGAAGUUGAAACACCAGGUGAACAGACAAGGAAGAGGAGCCAGAGCAUUGGAGAUAUUGUUAGUGGAGCUCUGAAUAAACUUAAAUCUAACAGAACACCCUCCACUACACCUCAGAGAGACAGAAAUGUCUUUCCAUCAAUGACUCCAGUGAAUGUUACACCAAGUUUUAAGCGUAAAUAUGCUGCCGAUUCCUGUCAAGGCUUCUCUAGCAAGAAAAGGAGAUCUAUCAGACAUAACAUGGGUCUUGAAUUGCUACCAAGUAGCCUUUUUAAUAUUAGCUCAACACCUGGAUCAGCUCAAUCUGAGACAAGCCCUAGUAUCUCACUUGAGCAUUCACUAUCUACCUCAGUCACUAGUGAAAAAUACCUGCCUAGGAUAGGAAGUCGAAGAAGCCAAAGGAUUGCCAACAAAAAAGUACAGAGGGUUGAAUCUGGGAAAAUGGGUUGUUUUUCUCCUAAAAUUAGCCGAAAAGAAAUGAUGCGCAAGUCGCUGCGAUUAAAAUUUAUUCUGGGAAGGAGCAGCAAAGAGAAUACUGUAGUGGAGAAUCUGGUUAGCAAGAGAUCUGAGCAUAUUGGUCGUCGUCUUGCAAGCCAGCAAGAUACAGAAAGUGGAGUGGAUUCUGUAAAGGCAGUUGCAUUAUUGAGCCCAUGUAUUGGUGAAUCUGUAAUAAGGAAAGGUCCCCAAAACUUCAGCAAGUCAGAGGAAAACUUGCAAAUUGUCAAACACGAUAAGCAAGCAAGCUACCGAAUAUCUUGGACUGGCAUCAGUAACACAGAAUCUGAGAAGACUAGUAGUAGAGGUACGACAUCUAUGGCUCAUCUUGAAGCAGAAACCUCUUUCUCAGAGCCCAAUCUUACAUGUAAAGGAUCACCAACCAUUCUGAUUAAGCCUAGGCUCCUAGACAAAAGAACCAAACAGGACUGCAAUAACCAACAAGCAUCCUUUUGUGAAGAUGAAAAUAGAUUGACCACAGACACAUUAUUGAAAAUUCAGAAAGCAUUUUCUGAAUCUGGAAGCAAUCUUCAUAACUUACUUGAAAUUGAGUCCUCAAAAUCAAACUUAACUAGUGGAACAACAUGUCCUUUAGAAGUGAAUCCAGUUUUUAAAAUGAAAGCUCAGGAAACGUUAAAAAUAGAGCAAGAAAUUCUGUUUACAAGCCCUGGUGGUGAAGCACACACUGUUGACAAACAUCUGUCAAAUGAGAAUCAAAACAAUGUGACAGAUGGAAUUCUCUUCCAAAAUACUGCUGAGGUAGAUUCUUCAGCUCGUGAUUUAAACAAAGAUGUUGGGUCAAUGCAGGAGGAGCAACUAAUUGCAAGAACGCAUCCAAUUACCCAGUUAAGUAGUACAAACGCUCUGCAAAAAGAGAUAUUAGAAUCCAAGGAUGAAUUCACCUCACAAAGAAUGAUUAAAGAUGACAAAUUUAAAUGCUGUAAUUCAGAGCUUAAAGAAUGUCUUGAAUCAGGCCAGCUUUCCUCUCAAUUCUCAGAAGGUGGAGAGAUAAACAGCAAAUGUUGCAUUCACAUGGGAUCAUGUGAGAAAUCUAAACCUUCACCUGCAGGAAAGGUUGCUGACCAUAUACAUUGGUUCAACAAACUUUCAUUAAAUGAACCAUGUUCUGCAACUAAAGCCAAGCCCCCACUUAAGUUCCAACGCACCCCUGUACGUCAAUCUAUAAGGAGAAUUAACUCCCUUUUGGAAGCUAAUAAACAGUCAAUUACUUGUAAACGAACAAAAGCAGACAAUGACUGCCCUUUGCUUGUUAAAUCUGUAAGUUAUGAAACGGCACUGUCCUCCUGUGGCGAAAGAAUAUCCAAAACAUCUACUGUGUCUCAGCUCCCUUUUGAAGCAACAUGCAAACAAAUGUCUACAAGUGAUCAGUUUGAUCAAACUUCCAAAUCCCAUCAACAACUGGCAUGUCCUUGUACUGGGACCAGUACAACAUUCAAAGAGACAAUAACUACUAGUCAUUCCAGGGCUGUCCUUGAGGAUGUAACUAAUCAUGAAGCAUCAAAAACUGUUGUGAAAAUGAAAACAAAUCUAAAUGUUUCAGUUGGUACACCUGAUAAAUGUGUUAUCAGGAAAACUGGGGAAACAAAGGUUCGCUAUAGAGGAUCUCCAAGGAACCCAAUGGCUACAACAAAAUUUCUUCCAGUUGUUAAACCUCUUGACUUAUAAGUUUAACAAUCCAAUACUUCUAUAGUCUUGCAUCUAUGUUUGCAUAUUUAGGACUGCUUCCUUAGAGAUGAGUCCAGAAUCUUUUUGUUUUGUUAAGACAAAAUAGCUCCUUCUGUAUGUAUGCUAUUUUUGAUCUAGCUAAGAAUCUCACUGAUGUGGGGAGAUGAUGGUGAUUUUCAUAGAUUUUUCCCUUCCAUGGCAGCCCUUUAUAUCCCUUUGCCUAGAAUCUAAAUUCAAGGUUUGGGGAAGGUGAUGCUGGGGGCUGUAAAAUGGAAGGGAAAUAGUAUGUAUGCUCCUUGUUUCCCAUUGACGGGAGCAUUCGGAGCAGAAAUCUGCUCAGGAAAUCUUUCCACCAGCAUCAAAGAAGCUAGAUCCAACCCAUCAUUUAUUGUUUUUCUACGGUUCUUAAAUGUAUUUCUUUAGAAAAAUAAAAGAAUUGUUUUAAUCCUGCUUUUAAAGCAAGGCUGUAUCUAAAAUUGUGGUUGAAAUUUGACCAAGUAAAUUCUGUUAAGGUAGCAUUUACUUCAUUGCUCUUAAUUGAGAUUUGUUUUUAUAUUUUGACUGGACUUUAUGAGGGGGAAAUGUGCAAGUGCUAUGAACUGGACUUAAAAACAUUACAAGGAGUUGGUUUCUAGCUGAUAUUUCCAGAAUGUUCAUAAGGAAGCACAGUCUUUACUUGAAUUGUAUAAUACUGCUUGGUAUUCUGCAACAUGGACUUCUUGCAACAUUUAAGUGACUAUAUGCCUGGCACUGGUACUCAAAUUCUUUUGGGCAGGGUGGGCAUCUUGUGGCCUGUUGUGGAUUGCAAUGCCCAUCAGCCCUAGCCAGCAUAACAGUGAUGAGCAAUGAUGCCUGGAGCUGCAAUCAACAUCUGGAGUGGUCACAUUUCACUUUUAUGUGCUCUUUGGCAGCAGUUUUUUUGUUUUGUUUUUUAUUUUAAAGUAACUAGCAACUUCUGAUUAGAGUUGUAUUUUUGUUGACUAAAUGUCAACCAAAUAAAAUUUUUGGCAUAUUUAGCCACCUUUCUAGACAAGCAUAUAGUUGUAAGUGGAUGCUUGCUGAGGUUACUAGCGUAAUGUAUGGGAGAAAAUUCCAGUGUUGCUGGAUGUAAUAAUUUUUUUUUCAUAUUGACCUUUGAGGAUGAGGAAGCACAAAUGAAGUUGCAAGUUUGUGUGUGUGUGUGUGUGUGUUUAUUGUAGAUGAUUACAAAAGUAUGAUUCAAAACAAAAUUGCUGAUUAUGUCACUGAAUCAAAGUGUACAAAGCCAUACCCAUUCUGUUCUUUUGCACAGGUAAUGUGAUAAGUUUACUGUAGCAUUGAAACUGUUCAUAUUUGUUCGGAGUGUAUUUAAUUUAAACUUUAAUUUGAUUUUUCC